GAGCACAUGUUUUUCAUAUACUAGAAACACUAAAAUAUGGAAGCCGGAGUUAAGGUUUCAAAACGCAAUCAUUAAUGUUUACAAACUUGAUGUUUACAAAAAACGAACUGUACGAUAAGAUACGAAGAUACUCGAAUGUUAUAACAUUCACAGAAAGAGGAAGUAAAGCGUGGUUUUUAAUACAUGUAUAAUUUGACAGAGGCCGGAAGAAGAAAAAACAUUACAAUGUUCCAAGUUCCAGAAUACUUUACAAGUAUUUCACAAAGACUGUCUGAAGUCCUCGCGGGUAUAGGAGUGAACGAGAAAAUGGUCCUGAAAAGACGGAGAUCGCGUCUGUUGGCGGAGUCCUUGGACAGUAUUGUCCAAACAUGUGGAGUAAUGGAUCAUGAUGUAUCUGGCUAUUAUGUUGGUAGUCAAAUAGAAGGUACAACUACACUUGGACUUAAAUCAGAUGAUGAUAUGCUUUACAGUAUUAAUUGUAUCAAUAUAAUACAAGAUUGGACUGAAUGGGAUCCUGACCUAGUUAAUCUGAUGAUGGUCCGAGACCACACUACCUCCCCUGGAUACUGCUAUUUACAAAGAUUAAGAAAUGAUGUUCAAUUCCCUUCAAAUGAAGUACCAAAUAACGGUUACAUCAGAGAUUCAGAGGGAAGAGUGAUGAUGAAAAAUACAUGCAUGGAGGAAUUUGUAGGGGUAUUAGGACAGAAUAGUGAAUGCCAUGGUCCAUCAUAUUUUAUAAAGGGACCUACAGGUUAUACAGGGUCAACAGCAGACCUUGUAUUCGCUUUACCUUGUAAAUCGCCACCUUUAUAUGCAUUAAAUUGGUUCAGAAAGCAGAAAACGAGGUUCUGGGACGAUCGUGCACGAUGUUUCGUUGUUGCUGUUGCCAGUAAGGUUAGUGAUAAUGAAGAGCUUGAGUGGAGAAUAUCAACGGCUGUUGCUGAAAGAUAUAUGACGUUCAGUUUAAAUAUUACUCAAAUCAGGUGUUAUAUUCUAAUGAAAAUGAUCCUUAAAACAUACAAGUCUAUAUGCAACAAUACUCUGACAAGCUACAUCUGCAAGACUGUACUCUUUCAUUGCAUAAAUACGACAGGAUCAUCCUUUUGGCUAGACCAUAAUCUACUCAAGUGUUUUCAAUAUUACCUCAUUGUUUUACAAAAUUACUUGUUAAGCAAUAACUGUCCCCAUUUGCUCCUUCGAAAAAACAACCUAAUGGCGGGGCGAUUUUUACCCCAGAAUAAGCAUAUGUUACUUCAAAUUCUAAUUCAUCAAAUGCAAAGUGAAGGCGGAGCACUGCGUGAAAUUGAAAUAGACGACCUCAAUAGACACAUUGUGGUUAAUUUUAGUAGCAUAGGAAAUCAGGACCAUUUGCGGUCUUACAGUAAAAUAAGCACAGAACUCCACGGCGUUUUAACUGCUACUACAGCGACAUUUGGUACUAUGUACCGCCAGAUGAUUUCGUCUAAAGCACUUAGACUUCUUUCAGACAUACUUGGCCUUUCAGCAAGAAUACCAAACAGACUAUUAAUAUAUUUUGCUAUAUAUCGUCGGCUAACUCAAAUUCCAGCAUUGUUUAUACAAAUUUCUGAACUAAUUCUGCGUAUGUUUCUAGGUAGGAUGUGGACGUUUUGUGAACCCCGCAGUGAAAUAUAUCAAACGGCAUUUCAUCUCAUAUGCCCUUUCAUUUGUACGACGAUUGGGUCAAUUACAGCGUCUUGGAACAUUGAACUUUAUAAAGCUGUAACACAAGAAGCACUUAAUUGGUUAAAACAGGGUUUGAAUUCGGACACAUCAUCCAGCAGGUUAAAGCUGGCGUCGCUGUUGUACUGUCUAGAAGACAUGGACGGCUGCGAACUCGUUCUUAAAAUUACUGAGGAUUUAUUUGUGACAGACUAUAUACAAUGUAUAUGUAACUGCUGGAUGCAUGAACCACUGGAAAUAAAGGUAGAAUAUAACGAUUUCUGCUACAACGAACACGAAACAAUAAUCAGUUAUGCAACGUCUUUCUGUGUUUGUUUCUUACCAUUGGAGAUCAACUGUGUACCAAAAGAGCUUCAAUACGAAAUGUUUCGAUUAACAACUGGAGACAUGCCCUAUGUAGAUUUAUUUGAUCAAUGGAUGGGAAUGGCUGUUGUUGACUCCCUGCCUUUCCUUUACUUUCUAAAAUACAAAGUUUACUACACUCUCCAGAAGCAAUCAGACAAAGAGCGCGCUUUAUCGGAACUAGCAAAAACUAUAAAUGAUUCCGUCUUGUGGCACAGGGAAACAGCAUACAAUCUUUUGGGGCAGUGUAUGGAACUUGAAAACCGGCCCGUUGAUGCUUUAGAUUGUUACCUAAAAUCUCUAAACAUACGUGGACGGAAAAAUGUUGCAAAUAUCCAUAUAUGUAGGCUUCUGGCGUCAAUAAUUAAUACGUAAAAAAACGGAUAAGACGAUUGCACCAUUCGUUUCAUAUCGGGCCUGAUUUGCAUUUACCCACUUCAUUUGUCAGUUAACCUGUGCAAUUUCCAGUAUUUGGACAACCAUUUCCCAUUCAUCAUGUUUGUACCCUGCAGAAUGAACAUUUCAUGUACAACCAAGACUCUCCAUCUAAGCUCUUGGUGCGCCACUGGGGAUUGUUCAGUCAUAGGCUGGAACUUAAUUAUAGCCACUGACCUUCCGUUGACCAGCUGGCUAACUUCCACAGUUUCUACAUUCUAAGCGGGAUUUUUAAUAUGCAGCUGUGCGAGGCAAGUGAUUCGGAGUCAAAGACCUGAACAAUUGGAACAUGGAUGACUGCGGAUGAGCAUUAGAGAGUCCUCAUGUUCACAAAACAUUUUACAGUCUCAGCUGAGCUUGAGUUUGAAAUUUUACUAAAACUUCAAGAUUCAAUUCCAACAGAUACUGACCAUCAUUACUGAAUAGGCACUUGAAAAUUGUUAUUGACUUAAAAUUUAGUUUUAAACAUUUUAAUUAGAUAUAAAGUUUCAUUACUAACCUCGGCUGAGACUAAACAUGUUUUGUGAACAUGGAGACCGGUGUGUGUUAUCAUGUAACUCGAAAUUUGGACAAACAUAACUCAAAAUUAUACCACUUUCAUAGAAGUCGGUGUGAUGAUAAACAUUUACAUGUACAUAUUUCCCGACGAUUAAAAACGCAUGUAAAUCACAAUUGGUGGCAGCUGUAAAAUGUCAAGUAGAGCGUUUGUUUCAUUCUUCAAUCUUUAGAUGAAAAAAAGAUACACAAAGGAUUACCAACCAACACGUAAGAUUUACGUAUGUUUUAUCCAUUAACAUAAUAAAUAAGAACAAAACAGAAUAUAACAACUUGUUAUUUCUUUAGUAUGUUAACUACGAUUUAUCUCCA